AACUUUGUAUACACACGAAAAUGUUCGGAAAAUAAUUCGUGUUGCAGGAUUUAGCGUAAUUUGGUUCAUAUCCGCGAAAAAAUCGAAAUAUUUCGUAACAAACGGAAACAUUGAAGAGUGAUCCGUGUGUGGCAGUAGUUUCUUUACGUGAAUAGUGAACAGUGACUAGAACAAAACGAAUCGAAAUUACUCAAUUGACGCGUUGACAUCUCUUCUCUACAACCAUCUUGUGGUGAAAAUUUCGAAGCACCUUUGAGCUGAUUGAAAAUAUUUUGGGAAAAAUGUCAGACUCUGAGGCUAGUAAUAUGUCGAGUGGAUCGGACGCCAGAAGUGACAUGUCAAAUAGGUCACGCAGCAACAACAGAUCGGCAUCUCGUUCGGUUUCCCGAUCUCGUUCCCGAUCAGCAUCUGCAGGCUCUGAAUCCGGCUCAGAUGUUCCGAAUCGACGUCGUAGAUCACGUAAGCUCCACUUGCAACGAUUUUUUUUCACUUCGAUUAAUCAUUUUUUGUUCACGACAGAAGAAGAAGAAGUAGAGGACGAAGAAGAGCCAGAAGGUGAAGAUUUGGAUUCGGAGGAAUAUGAGGAAGACGAGGAUGACGAUCGACCGAGCAAGAAGAAGAAGAAGAAGGAACGUUUCGGUGGAUUUAUUAUUGACGAGGCUGAAGUUGACGAUGAAGUGGACGAAGAUGAGGAAUGGGAAGAUGGUGCGAAUGAGCUGGGGAUUGUUAAUGAAGUGGACGAACUGGGACCAACAGCUAGAGAAAUUGAAAUCCGACGACGUGGUAACCUGUGGGACACUCAGAAGGAAGACGAGAUUGAAGAAUAUCUGAAAAAGCGAUAUGCUGACGAAUCGAUUGCACGUCGUCAUUUCGGUGACGGUGGCGAGGAAAUGUCAGAUGAAAUUACACAGCAGACGUUGCUGCCAACAAUCAAAGAUCCCAACUUGUGGAUGGUGAAGUGUCGCAUAGGAGAAGAAAAGAUAACCGCACUGCUGUUGAUGCGCAAAUUUCUGACUUAUCAAAACACGGACGAGCCGUUGCAAAUAAAAGCGGUAGUGGCACCGGAAGGUGUGAAAGGAUACAUUUACGUCGAAGCAUUCAAACAGACCCAUGUGAAGGCGGCCAUUAACAAUGUCAGCAAUUUGCGUAUGGGACAAUGGAAACAGGAAAUGGUGCCGAUUAAAGAGAUGACAGACGUUCUGAAGGUUGUCAAAGAACAGACCGGAUUGAAACCGAAGCAAUGGGUUCGGCUAAAGCGUAGUCAAUACAAAGAUGACAUUGCACAGGUGGACUACGUGGACAUGGCACAAAAUCAAGUUCAUCUGAAAUUGUUGCCGCGCAUUGACUAUACGCGAUUGCGUGGUGCUCUGAGAACAACACAGACAGAUGCUGAUGACGCGAAACGCAAACGAAAACGUCGUCCGCCAGCGAAACCAUUCGAUCCUGAAGCUAUUCGAGCUAUCGGUGGAGAGGUCACGUCUGACGGAGAUUUUCUGGUGUUCGAAGGCAAUCGUUAUUCACGCAAGGGAUUCUUGUACAAGAAUUUCAUUAUCUCGGCCAUUUUGUCGGAAGGUGUGAAGCCAACGCUAGCCGAAUUGGAACGGUUCGAAGAACAGCCAGAAGAAAUCAAUAUCGAGUUGGCUGUCACCGGCAGAGAGGAUCCACAAACAACGCAUUCGUUUUCAAUGGGCGACAACGUCGAAGUAUGCGUUGGAGAUUUGGAGAAUUUGCAGGCCAAGAUCAUUGCAAUCGAUGGAUACUUGAUAACAGUUAUGCCGAAGCACGAAGAUUUAAAGGAUCCAUUGAUCUUCAAAGCCAACGAAUUGCGUAAAUAUUUCAAAACCGGUGACCAUGUGAAAGUUUUGGCUGGUCGAUACGAAGGUGAAACUGGAUUGAUCGUUCGCGUGGAACCGAGCCGUGUGGUAUUGGUGUCGGAUUUGACAAUGCACGAGCUGGAAGUUUUACCCAGAGAUCUGCAACUGUGUACUGAUAUGGCGACGGGUGUGGAUUCCCUGGGACAGUUUGAAUGGGGCGAUUUAGUGCAGUUGGAUGCACAGACAGUUGGUGUGAUUGUGCGCUUAGAGCGUGAAAACUUUCACGUUCUUGGCAUGAACGGCAAAGUGUUGGAAUCAAAGCCAACGGCACUGCAGAGACGACGAGAAAAUCGAAACACCAUCGCAUUGGAUUCCGAUCAAAAUCAGAUACGGCGAAAGGACAUCGUCAAAGUCUUAGAGGGACCGCAUGCUGGUCGAGAUGGCGAAAUCAAGCAUCUGUACCGUAAUUUGGCCUUUUUGCAUUCGCGAAUGUACACCGAGAACGGUGGCAUCUUUGUGUGUAAGACUCGGCAUUUGAAAUUGGCCGGCGGUAACAAAAAUACGUCCAAUGGAAUGAGUCCCAUGGGAAUGAUGGGCUUUAUGUCACCGAGAAUUCAAUCUCCGAUGCAUCCGAUGGGUGGUGGUGGUCGUGGACGUGGUGGAGGUGGUGGCAGAGGACGUGGUGGUAAUCGGAUAUCACGAGAUCGUGAAAUUCUCGGCAAAAGUAUCAAAAUCACUGGUGGAUCGUACAAAGGAGCUGUUGGCAUUGUCAAAGAUGCUACUGAAGCAACGGCUCGUGUCGAAUUACAUUCAUCCUGCCAAACCAUUUCGGUCGAUCGAAAUCACAUUGCUGUUGUUGGAGCUCCGGCCAAAGAUGGCAGUAUCACAGUUGGACGCACACCUGGAAGAACUCCUGGAUAUGGAGCACAGACACCGGUUUACAGCGGAUCGAAGACUCCACUGCACGGAAAUGCUACGCCACAAUACGAUAUUGGUAGUCGAACUCCUCAUGGUUCGAUGACACCGUCACAUGACGGCAGCAUGACUCCACGUCAUAAUGCCUGGGACCCGAGUGUUACAAAUACUCCGGCUCGAAGCAAUGACUUUGACAUGUUGGACGAUCCAUCGCCCAGUCCAAUUUACAAUUCAAACACACCAUACGCGUCGUAUGCUCCACAAACUCCAGGAGGAAACAUUUACGGGUCGGAAUACAGUCCACUGCAGCCCAGUCCCAGCCCAAGUCCAUCGCCAUACCAAAUCGGACACAUGGGUACACCAUCUCCUUCGGCGUAUUCGCCAAAUACACCUGGAACGUCCCAGUUUUCACCAUUCAAUCCACAAACGCCUGGCGCUGGUCUCGAUUCUCAGCUGGGAGAUUGGUGCACCAGUGACAUUGAGGUACGAAUUCGCAGUCACGACGACGGUGAUUUGGCUGGACAGACGGGAGUUAUUCGAACGGUUAACAAUCGGAUCUGUUCGGUGUUCUUACCGCAAGAAGAUCGAAGUGUUUCGAUAGAGUGCGAACAGUUGGAACCGGUUUUGCCCAGCAUCAGUGACGAAUUCAAGGUCAUUUACGGCGAUCUUCGAGACACCACCGGAAGAAUUAUUGACAUUGACCAAAUGAAUGCAGUUUGUAAGCUUCAGGCAGGAAAUACCACGUAUAUGCCGCUGAGAAAUUUGUGCAAAAUUAAGCCUGACUAAGGUGGCGGAUAUUAGUGUCAGUUGCACUGUUACAAAGUAAAUAUUUCUGGCAUAGAGUUUCAUGCUUUAUUAUAUAACAUUUCAUGGAUUAAAUAAAAA